AUGGCCGAGGAUCUCUCCGCGGCCACUUCCUACACCGAAGAUGAUUUCUACUGCCCCGUCUGUCAGGAGGUGCUCAAAACGCCGGUGCGGACCGCGGCCUGUCAGCACGUUUUCUGUAGAAAAUGUUUCCUGACUGCAAUGAGAGAAAGCGGAAUACAUUGUCCCCUCUGUCGUGGAAAUGUGACUAGAAGAGAGAGAGCAUGUCCUGAACGGGCCUUAGACCUUGAAAAUAUCAUGAGGAAGUUUUCUGGUAGCUGCAGAUGCUGUGCAAAACAGAUUAAAUUCUAUCGCAUGAGACAUCAUUACAAAUCUUGUAAGAAGUAUCAAGAUGAAUAUGGUGUUUCUGCUAUCAUUCCAAACUUUCAGAUCUCUCAAGAUUCAGUAGGGAACAGUAAUAGGAGUGAAACAUCCACAUCUGAUAACAUAGAAACUUAUCAAGAGAAUACAAGUUCUUCUGGGCAUCCUACCUUUAAGUGUCCGUUGUGUCAAGAAUCGAAUUUUACCAGACAGCGUUUACUGGAUCACUGUAACAGUAAUCACCUAUUUCAGAUAGUUCCUGUGACGUGUCCUAUUUGUGUGUCUCUUCCGUGGGGAGAUCCUAGCCAGAUCACUAGAAAUUUUGUUAGUCAUCUAAAUCAAAGACAUCAAUUUGAUUAUGGAGAAUUUGUGAACCUUCAGCUAGACGAGGAAACCCAGUAUCAAACUGCUGUUGAAGAAUCUUUUCAAGUAAACAUCUGAAGGCUGUAGCGAUCUCUGCAUCUUUGUACCUGCAAGUGCCAUCUUUCAGGAGAAAACUACGUGAAGUCAC